AUAUUGUCAUUUGGAAUGGAAAUGUUUAAUUGGUGCUUUUGAAACAAUUUACAUAAAUAAUAUAUGGUAUAUUGAAUAGCUAGCUUCUAUUUUUAUUAAUUUUUAAGGGAAAUAAGGAAAGAAACAUGGAAAAUGUUAAAUCAGAUGAAGAAGAGGAAAAAUCGGUGUCUUAUGAUAAUAUUUUUAAUAAGGCUGGAGAUUUUGGACUAUAUCAAAUACUAAUUUUAACAGCAAUAGCAUCAUUUGCAGUAUUUGCUUCGGCAAACAAUUUUUCUUCAUCUUUAACUUUGGCAGAUGUUCCUCAUGUUUGUAAAUAUCCAAAAAAUAUAUCUCAUUCCAUCCAUGAAUUAUCAUCUCAUGAUGAAAAAUUACUUAUAAUACCGAAGAAUUCCAAAGGAAAAUUUGAAAACUGUGCUAUUUUUGACAGACCUUAUUCUACUAUGACAUCUGAUGAAGCUCAUUUGCUUUUAUCUAAUAAGACUUUGUUAGAAAAUGAGACAGCUUCAACAAUACCUUGUCCUAACGGAUACAAUUACGACACAUCAGAAGCUAGUGAAACGGCUGUAACAGAGUGGAAUUUAGUUUGUGGUAAAAAAUGGCAAACUGAUUUAGCAAGCGUCGUCUAUCAAGCUGGUGGAUUUUUCGGUUUACUUGUGAUAGGAUUCCUUGGAGAUUUAAUAGGAAGGCGAAGAACGUCAUUAAUAGCCCUAGUAUUUUUAAUAGUUGUAACGAUACUUAGUGGAGUUGCCAGAAAUUAUUUAUUCUAUUUAAUAACGAGAUUUGUAACUGGAAUGUUUAAUCUUCCAGUUGCUAGUAUAUUAUUAAUUUUAUGUCUAGAAAUUACUGGACCAAAUUGGAGAAUUGUCGUUGUUGUUGCUUCUCAUAUUGUUUGGGUACUUGGAUAUUUCUUCCUAACACUUUUAGCAUAUAAAUUAAAUAAUUGGAAAGUUAUACAUAUAGUAACAGGAUCUGUUUUGAUUCUAUUUUUAUCCUUCUAUUUUUUUAUCCCAGAAUCGCCUAGAUGGCUAUUUUCAAAACGUAAAAUUAAAGAAUGUCUAGAAGUAUUAAAUAAAAUGGCAAAGGCUAAUGACAGAAAAUUUUUAAAGUCUGCUAAUUCUGAAGAAUUGAAAAUUCUAGAUCCUCAACAGCAAUUGCUGUCAACAAGUGACAAUUUCGAAUCGGAAGCUUCAACUGGUCAGUGGCAGCAGCAACAAGAAGAGCAGCAUAUUAAAACAGGAACUGUUGAAGUAAAAACUUAUACGCCAAUAGAUCUAUUCCGUUUUCCUGUUCUUAGAAAGAGAGUAAUAAUUCUAUGUUUUCAAUGGUUUGCUGUCUCUUUUAUUUAUUAUAGUUUUGUUUAUGGUUCAUCAAAGUUUCAUGGAAAUAUCUUUAUAAAUUUUAUGAUUGAAGGAGCCGCAGAAAUGCCAGGAGUAAUCCUUAGUCUAGUCAUGAUGGGUUUAUUAGGAAGAAAUAACGUAUUAUCAAUAUUAUUUAUUAGCUGUGGUGUUUCAAUAAUAAUAAGUAAAUUUGUUGCGAAAUGGCCAAAAUUAAUAUUUAUAUUAAUUAGUAAAAUGAUGAUAAGUGGCUGCUUUACAACUACAUAUCUAUAUACAAAUGAAUUGUUGCCAACUGUUCUAAGAUGUACUGGCUUCUGUUUUAUAUCUGCUGUCGGAAGAAUAGCAGCCAUAAUAGUGCCUUUCGUAGGAAAAAUAGGAGGUUACGCAUCUCCUGUCACUAGUUGGACAUCUGCGAUAAUAGCUGGUGUAAUGAUGCCAUGGCUACCGGAAACAAAGGGUCAUUAUCUACCCCAAAAAGUUUCGGAUAUUGACAGAAUACCAGAAGAUGAUGAUAAGGAAGAAAAUAUUACGAAUACACCAUAAACUAUAAAAACAAAUACAUUUUACAAAGAAAACAUCAAGUACAUUUAUCUAUAAAUAUAUACUGUAUAUGCACUAAAUAUAUGUAUAUUCCAGUGGAUAAAUUAGUAAGAAAUAUUAAUAAAUUUAUUAAAAAUCAACACUUUUAUUUGUUGAAAAGUUUUGUUAAUGUUUUCUAUCGCUCUCUCUUUUCCUCUCUUCUCUUCUCUUCUAAUGAUUCAUAUGAAAAGAAAGACAGAGACAGGCAGAGAAAGAAAAAAAGAACUUUAACAAUUGGUCCUUUAAGUUUUCAAGUUAUAUUUAAAAGACAACAAAAAAA